CCCACACAUUGCUAUCAAAUUUGGUCGCCGGACGGUAUAUUCAUUUCAUUCUUGGAUAGGGAGUAGCCAACGCGUGCCGACCCAAUUCAUUAUUUGUCGAUUUUUUGUGUUGCGACUGAAUUUGUAGGUGAGCAUGCUAAAAACCUUGGUGGGUCAGUUCAAAGCCCACUGUAAAAACCCACUGUUUUCUGGAGAAUCUUGAAUGUCUUUGGAAGGCCCAAGCUCGUGGGGUUAACGCAUGUGUUAUUUUUAGCAUUGGGUUGUGCUGGGAUUCAUCUGUACUGAUUGAGUUUUUUUGUUUUUUGGGGUUCUGUAAAAGACACAACAGGUCAACGUGCUCUAUGGCUUCCAAAUCCAAAAUUUUUACACUUUCGGAGGUUUCUGAGCACAACAGCAGUAAAGAUUGCUGGCUUCUUAUUGACGGAAAGGUAUAUGAUGUAACUAGCUUUAUGGAAGAGCAUCCUGGGGGAGAUGAAGUAUUAUUAUCAGCAACUGGCAAAGAUGCAACCGAUGACUUUGAAGAUGUAGGACACAGUAACACUGCAAGAGAGAUGAUGGAACAGUACUAUGUUGGAGAAAUAGAUGUUUCAACAAUUCCAUCAAAGCCAAAGUACACUCCAGCUAAGCAACCACAUUACGAUCAGGACAAGACCUCUGAAUAUAUUAUUAAAGUUUUACAGUUUCUGGUUCCCUUGGCAAUUCUUGGAUUGGCUGUCGUUGUUCGCUUCUACACCAAGACAAGCUGAGUAUGCUGGUUCUUUGUGGAAUUUGGAUUUGAAAUUUUUUCUUUGUAAGCAUGUCAUUUGUUUGGUCUUGUUUAGUGGCUUCCCAGGAAAGCCUAGAAACAGUAUUAGGCCAUAAAAGUUAAGUUGGCAAAAAGGGGCAGUGAAGUGAAAUAAGAAAGUCAGAUGCAGGUAACAAGUUUUAGAAUAAUAGGCGAGUUCAGGGUCAAGAGUUUUGCAAAUUUAAACAAUUAUCCAAUUCAGUGUGGCUUCACUGCUGGGAAAUCCAUUACUAAUGUGUAUUAAUCUUUUGAUUA